AUGGCUACGAGAAAUUUUGUCCUCACGCUGGUGUUCUGUGUUUUCCUGUUUGGUUUCGUGGUUGCGCAACCGCCGCUUAACAAGGCGGAGCAAGAGGCGGUGUACGGAGUUCUGGAAUCCAUAAACUCGGCGGUUCCAUGGCGGUCAGUCUUCCCGGACGAUUUCUGUUCAUCAGCCCCUCACGGCGUCGUAUGCGAUUACUUAGAUGACGAUCAAGGUGGUGUUUCUGCGCAUAUCACGGAGCUCAGUUUCGGUUACGUUUCGGACUAUUCACCAAACCCACUAUGCGCCCCGAAUGCCACACUUAACGGUUCGCUUUUUUCACGCUUUACGCACCUCACAAAGCUAUUCUUCUACAGAUGCUUCAAUGGAAAAAGCGUGUCGUUCCCUGAUUUUUCGUCUCUUGGGUCUUCUCUGGAAGAUCUUGUGUUCAUUGAAAACCCAUCUCUGGUUGGGUCUAUCGGCAGAAAUAUCAGUAACUUAAAAAGCGUGAGGAAGCUGAUUCUCACAGGGACUAAUGUUGGUGGAAAAAUCCCAGUAGGGAUUGAGGAUUUAACAGGCCUGGAGCAGCUCACGCUUUCGAGGAAUAAUUUUUCUGGUGAGGUUUUUGUUAAUUUUGGAAAGUUGAAGAAUCUGAAGGUUCUUGAUUUGAGUCAAAAUCAGCUGGUGGGCAAUGUUCCUGGAACAUUGGGAAAUGGGUCCACUGAAUUAUUGAAGCUUGACCUGAGCUUUAAUGGGUUCUCUGGUGAAAUCCCAGAAAGUCUAAAGGCUUUAAAGAGCCUCGAGUUUUUGGAUCUGAGUUACAAUCGUUUUGGCAACUUCGGUGUGCCUCUGUUCUUGGGAGAAAUGUCCAGUUUGAAGGAAGUGUACUUGAAUGGGAAUUUCCUGGGAGGGCGUAUUCCAGAAAUAUGGAAAAAUCUGGGGAGUAUUUUGGGUCUGGGGCUCUCGAACAAUGGUCUUGUCGGAAGUAUCCCUGCUUCAAUGGCUGUGAAUUUGAGAAAUCUGUGUUACCUUGGGCUUGAUAACAACAAGCUGGAAGGGACAGUGCCUGAAGAAUUUAGUUCAUUGGAGUCUGUGAACGAAUUGAACUUCGAGAACAACAAUUUGAGUGGUAAAGUUCCUUUCACUGCAAACUUUGUGGCUCAAAUUGGGACGAAGCUGAAGUUGCAGGGUAACCCAGAACUCUGCGUUGAAGAUGAGCUGAAGUCUAAUCAAUUCAGUGUUGCAACAACUAGCUUGGUUCAACUGAAGUUAUGCAACAAGAAGCCAAUUGUGCCCCAAUAUGCCAUCUUCCAUGGGGAUUCUGCGCCUCAAGCCCAUAAUUCUCAUUUAUGGCUUCUGGUAUCUAUUGGGUUUUUACUCCUGUUUUCCUUGUAG